ACCGUACGUGAGUGCGUUCGUCUGCUCUUUGAGCUCUCGGAUUUUGCCGGAACCAACACCCGAACCAAGCCAGCCAAAGUCACCGGAACUUUGUUUCCUAACUUCAGAAAGUCAACUUCCUACCUAAACACCCAAGAUGCGUUCGUUCACCGUUGUUGCCGUGCUGGCGCUCAGCUUCUGCUACGUCUAUGCCGCCGACGAGGCCCCCGCCAAGGAGACUGAGGCCGAGGGUGGCAAGACCUACAAGCGACUCAUCCCUGCCGACGUCUUGCGAGAUUUCCCCGGCAUGUGCUUCGCUUCGACCAAGUGUGCCACCUUCGAGCCAGGCCAGUCCUGGGAGCUGACUCCGUUCUGCGGCCGUUCCACCUGCGUCCUGUCCGACGACGCUCAGCCACGUCUGCUGGAGCUGGUUGAGGACUGCGGACCGCUGCCACUGGCCAACGACAAGUGCAAGCUGGACACCGAGAAGACCAACAAGACUGCUCCGUUCCCGAGCUGCUGCCCGUCCUUCACCUGCGAGCCGGGCGCAAAGCUCGAGUAUCCGGAAGUUAAGGCUUCCACCGAGACGUCCUCGGAGCAGCCGGCCAAGAACUAAGCGGCCUCUUCCCCCUCAUCCCUUCGGCUUUCGGGACAUUCCCGGCAAGCGUCAUCUUAAUCUUCGAGCUUUUGAGCGGCUCGGCAGCAAGCUCUUAUCCUAAGAAUCGUGAAAAGAAGAAAAACAAAAGAAAACACUAAACCUAACGAAACAAACAAACAAACAAACAAACAAACAAAACAUCCAACCGACAAAAGUUGUGCGAGUAAUUCCUUUAGUAUAUGUUUAUUAUUUUAUUUCCGUAAAUCUGCUACUCCAUUUCCAUUUACUCUUUACUUCUACACAAGCCUUCUCCCAUCGCGAUUAGAUAAACGUAACCAACCGCCACCAAUCCAUCCUCACAUCCCGCUCCGUACAUCCGUCAAGCAACAAUAUCAAGCAGUAUAUGAACAAUUAGUCAAGUUUGUGAUAUUAGAAGUAUAUAUUUAUCUGGAGAGGAAGCAAAAACAACGCAUCUAGCAGGACGCAACGGCAAAGGAAAGGACCCCCGGCAGAACCAGAAACAAUAGUGCACGUGCAAAACCAAAAAAAAAAAAACUAAUAAUGGAGAAAACGGUCAGCCGAGCAAAGUAUAGGAUGAAGGAAACUUGGCAGCAUUUAGUGUGCAGCAGUAGUGUUCUCUAGCUUAGCUUUGUUUGCGCCCCCCACCCACACACAUGUUAGGCUCGUUGAGUAUCAUUUCUUUAAUAUUUUUUGUCAUCCCAACUUGUCCACUUCAUGCAUCCCGUACAUUUCUCCUCAUUCAAUCCGGCGCAGACGAUCAUCUUGUGUGACGCAACGCAUUGAUUCAGUGUAAAGUUUUGUAUUUUUUGUUUUUUGAAGUAUCUUUUCAAAUAAAUUCAGUUCGUAUGAAUUACAGAGUAA